AUGUCUACCUCGCGCUCAAUAUCAUUGCUGGGGCUUGCCCUGGUCUUCCUCAGUGCUCUGAAGGUCUCAGCUCAUGGUGGUGGCCAUGAACAAGCCCCUAUAGCCGCCGACGCAGACUGGGCCACACGGCACAUGGCUGAGGAACAUCACAUCACCUCGUUCGAUGCUGGCUCGUUCUUCAACCUUCACGACUACGACAGCAGUGGCACAUGGACCCCUGACGACAUUCGCAAGACCUAUGGUCUCAAAGACGAAAGCACAAAGGACUUGGCAGAUGAGAAGAAGGAAGAGGUCGUCCGCAAGAUCUUGGAGCUUUUCGACAAGGACAGAAGUGGCUCCGUCUCGUACGCCGAGUUCCUUAUUGCCGAUGCUCACGGCGUCAAGCUACCUGACUUUGGCUACGGUCCUGGCCACCACGGUGACGAUGAGUACGAGUAUGAGAUCCACCAUUUCGAGAAAUUCCACGGAGACGACACAACCGAGGAGGAUUUGACGCACCCAGAAGACAUUGCCCACUUCCGCAAACACGACAUGAUGGAACAAGAAGCAGAACGUCAGGCAAAGCUCGACCGCAUGGAGAUUGUCGAAGCAAACAUCCCGCAAAAGUUCCGCCGUCACGGUCACUGA